GACCCCCGGCAUCGCAGAAUGUGAUCACUGUCUGUCAGGAGGUGCUCUGCACAUUUUGCAUUUUCAGCUACUUAUUUUACAGGUGGUAUUUAAAAAAUUAGCUAUUGCUUUUAAUUAAUAUUUUUAUUGCCCUUGCGGCUGGAACCUCAGUCUCCUGUCUUUGUUUGACUGACGCCCAGGAAUGUGGAAAGGUGGACAGGGAGCUGUAGUCCUUUUUCUUUUAUCUAUUGUAUUUUCUUUUUGUAGUUUAUUCAUGAGAAAGAAACAUAUAGUGAGCAAGAGUUCUAGCCUCGCGCUGUAUACACUAAGAAAAGGCCCGUAAUCUACCAGAACCAGAACUAUGAACCAGUCCAAAUCCAUUGAACUGAUGCCCAGCUAUCUGCCCACUGCAAACAGCAGCAUGGAAGGCCCAGUGAGUGUGUCCCUCAACCACUCGUGCCCCUUGGGCUGGGCACUGAGCGAAGGCACGGAAGCCUGCGUCCUUGAGACGGCGGUCAUCGUCCUGCUGACCGCGCUCAUCAUCACGGGCAACCUGACGGUGAUCUUCGUGUUCCACUGUGCCCCGCUUCUGCAUCACUACACCACCAGCUACUUCAUCCAGACCAUGGCUUACGCCGACCUGCUGGUGGGACUGAGCUGCCUCGUACCCACGCUGUCCUUGCUGCACUAUCCUGCCCGUGUGCAGGAGCCCCUCACGUGCCAGGUGUUCAGCUACGUCAUCUCCGUGCUCAAGAGCGUCUCCAUGGCCUGCCUGGCCUGCAUCAGCGUGGACCGCUACCUGGCCAUCACCAAGCCGCUCUCCUACAACCAGCUGGUGACGCCCUGCCGGCUCCGGUGCUGCAUCGCCCUCAUCUGGAUCUACUCCUGUCUGGUGUUUCUGCCCUCUUUCUUCGGUUGGGGGAAGCCGGGUUACCACGGAGAUAUAUUCGAGUGGUGUGCCCGCUCAUGGCCUACAUCGGCGCUCUUCACGGGCUUCGUGGUGUGUCUUCUAUAUGCUCCCGCUGCCUUGGUGGUCUGCUUCACCUACUUCCACAUCUUCCGCAUUUGCCAGCAGCACAACCGCGAGAUCAGUGAGCGACGGGCACGAUUCCCCAGCCAGGAGAUGGAGGCCGGAGAGGGCGGGCACCCCACGGGACAUGGACCGGACCGUCGUUACGCUAUGGUACUUUUUCGCAUCACCAGCGUCUUCUACGUGCUCUGGCUGCCCUACAUCAUCUACCUCCUCCUAGAGAGCUCUCACGUCCUGGUCAGCCCUAUCCUCUCCUUUGUUACCACGUGGUUGGCCAUUAGCAACAGUUUCUGCAACUGCGUCAUCUACAGCCUCUCCAACAGCGUCUUCCGGCUGGGCUUGAGACGCCUCUCGCAGACCCUCUGCUCGUCCUGCUCCUUCUGCGUCUGUGCUGCCGGGGGCCAGGGCGCCGCCGGCCCCAAACCCAAACAGAGAGCCAACUCCUGUUCUAUUUAAGAUGUCCAGGACGUCUGGAAAGCAAGAACGGACAUAAAAGUCAGAAGUAACUAAACUUCUGUACGCCGAGUAAAUGGAACGAUGUCGGAUCCAAGAAAAAAAAUCUUGUUCUUAACGCUGCUAAACCAUGUGCCACUGGUGGAUCGCAAAUGUCGCGGUGUUUCCUUUCCAUUAUUUCUCCUCGUUGAGCGUUGGUUCUCAUUUCGAAUGUAUCUUUGAGCCUUUAAUAUCACACUUGUGACGCUCGUCACAAUUCUUGUGUUUUUUUUUUUACUUGAAAGGAUGGUUAUUUCUUGGCUAAGAAACUUGACACAUGAACAGCCAAAAUAAGGCUUUAAUGAUGAUAAACCGUGCUGUGUUUUUAUGUACCCAGCUGGGUGGCGGUCAGAUGUUCUAGCUCCGGACAGGUCAACACAGGAAAGUGCCGUAUGGUUCCUGGUUGAUCUACCUCAUUGGGUCAGCACUGAGACAGAGCAGAUUGAGGGGAGCCCGGGAUUGCGCUUUAGGAGAUAUCAUGCUGUAGAACUGACCUUUCUAAGAAGGGGUGGGGGAGUAAACGGGCUCUACGGGACAAUAAGUGGGGGGCAGCGGGACGGCUGCCAAAGUGGACCUCAGAUGAGGCCUAGUCCGUUGUGGUUAUUUGGUGACUAAACCCCUGUUGCAGCUACAACUCAAAUGCACCUGGUUUGCUUGCUUGUACACACACGCCCUCAUGUGGCUGGGCAGAAAUUAAGGGUUAAGGUGCGCAUUAAGGCUGGCAGAUGGUCAUGUUUAAUACAAGCUGAAGUUCUGGAGAAGCUGUAGAUGGAAGGCUAGGGAAACAGGCCGGAAAGACGACGCGCGUAAGGGUAUUCAGCGGUCCGGGUCCGGGUCGGGGUGCUCUCGCUUGGCUCCUUGCAGACACUGAGAGCAGAGCCUCUUCUCCUCCUCCACACCCAAGGGGCUUCUGCAGUCUAUCGCUCGUCCAUCCUGUCGAACGUGUGUGCUGGUGAGAAAGAGAUGUUCUGAGGGGGAAGUCACGGCGUUCUUCAGGGUCUUUGAGCUGAAACACACAUGGCACCACCAUCCUUCCGAAUCUCUUGUGUAUCUUUAGGCCAGUCUGUAAAUAAUCAUAUUAAAGGGGAACCCCGCUUCUCCCAGUGUCAUCCGUCGCCUGAACUCUCUGGCUCGGACCCAGUUUGGGCCGUGUGGCACCCCUCAGCCGGUUCUGCUCACUGUUCUGUGAUGCUGGUCUGUUUGAUCUGUUGGGUCCGGGUGCAUUUUUUUUAUAAGGUUUUCUUUUGUUUGGGGGGACACUACAAAGUUCAGGGACUGCAAAUGAAGACAUGCUAUAUAAUAUGUGUGUGUAUAAAAUUACACACACACACACACACACAUACACACACACACACACACAAGCUGUGGAGCCAUGGUUACCCAGUUAUUGAGAGAAUGGUGCUGGACAAUUGUGCAGAUGAAUGCAAAUAGAUGAAAUAACCACAAUUUCCAUACAGAAACUAUAAACUUAACACAAAUGUAAUAAUUUCUGUGUACCUGCUACCCACGACAGUCAGACUUACAAAUUUAAAUCAGAAAUGUCGGUGAAACCUUUGCUUUCCUGGUGAUCACUUUCAUUUUUGUAUGAAAUAGAUUUAGCGUGUACUAAAACUAAAGUUUUUAGUAUAUUUUUCUUUUUAGCCAUGAUAUUUUUUUUAACUAUAUAAACUCAGUUUUAUGGAAUAAGAUUAGCUUUUUUUAUGGUCUGAUUAGCUGUUCCAAUAUUUAUGAAGUUUGUCAUCAUUUUCAACAAAUCGCCACGGUGAUGAAUCUGCUGUUUGAGGGCCGGAGACCAACCUCAGCCAAGCAGCCCUGUUCCCUCCUUUUGCACAGUAAUUUAAAAAUGGUCACUCCGCAAGGGAGUCUCCUUUGUGUCGGGAUAUUCAUCUUUCUAGUCUUGCAUAUUACACUAUUGAUAUUCGCAAUGUUUGUCUCACUUGCACAUAUCCUAAAAAAAAGUGUCACUAGUUUAGCGUAGUUUCUAUGUUGUGUUUUCCUGUCAUUUUAAUUUUGUGCCAUUUUCCCGAGUUUAAAAUUAUUUUUUAAAAAAACCAUUACAAAAUAUUAUCUAACCAUAUAUCCAAUCAUGCAUAUUUUUAUACAUUAACAUUCUCUUGUUAAUUUAAAUUUUUACAUUCCUGGUCCAGUCUGAGGUCCUGAUUAAUGUUUUCCAGUUUGAUUGAUAAACAUUUUUGUUUCUACAUGUUCUACAUGUUUUAAGUCAAAUUCCUGAAUUUUGAUCUCACUGGUAAAAUCCAGUGACCUCGAAAAUUCUCCGAUAAUUACUGUACCUUGGAGAGAGUUCAAUGACUAGAUGUUUGAGCUACAUUUUAAUACUUUCUCAGAUAUAGGAAUACGUAGAAAAAAUGAAUCUGUGGACAUUACCAGUUUAUUGGCUUCAGAAUUAUUGCUUGGAUAGACCUUGUAGAUUGAAUUUGCAUUUAUAAUCAAAGUGAUGACUUAGAUCAUAGAGAGUAGAACAAUUCGCAGCUUUACAAAACGGGAGAUAUUGUGUAAUCAGCGAUCUUUAACAACUUGGUGUGAUUUAAAAAAAAAAUGCUAAUGUAUUUGCAGAUUUAAAGAAAUUUAAUUUGAUGGAAGUUUUGAGAAACUAAAGGAUGUGUAAUGGGGGAAAGUUGUCCUUUAGUAUCCGCAGAAAUGCAGAUAUGGCAUAAAUUCUGCAUGGAAGUGAUCUUCAUAGAUAGUACUUUGUUUCAGUACCAGCUGUGGUUAAUGAGAAAACUUAGAUUUCCUCUCAGUGACUUUAAAUAGUAUUUCUAAUAAUUAGUUUUUGAUAUUUAUCGUGGAUAUGUUGACCUUGUACAAAUUUGUGAUUUAAGCUACAGUCAGACUAUUUGUUUCAGCUUUGAUUUGCCAGUAGCAGGUUGGAUUUCUGCUCUUUAAGUACGUAGAUACUUUAAUAUAUUUUUUUUUACAUUGAAUUGUGGGAAUAAAAAAUUAUGUUCUAUGAGGGUGUUACUUUUUUUUGUUUUCUUUUCAAAUGCUAUAACUGACAAUAUAUAACGUCUAUUUAUCUGAUUAAUUUAAAAAUGGAUACACUACUAGUUGGUAGUAUACGUAUAUAUCUUUUUUUUUUUUAUUAUGCUGGUGUUGAGCGUUUGUAAAUGAGCUACAAACCCCCUUUAAUGAUGCCACGUACCUGUGUGUACAGUCAGUGAAUUAGCUGCUGUGACUACAAAGUAUGUUCUUUUCAUUAGCGGACUAUCGUAAGAAAUUAUACAAUCUAUUUUUUUAUUUUCGAGACUGUCAAAAGGCUAUGGGUUUUUUGCUGUUGUUGCCAAUUAAAUAAAAACAGACAUAAGAAACCUGAUGAGUUUGGUCUUGUCGGCUGUUGGCAAGCGGGUCUCCUGUGGACCAGCGCAUCUGGCUGCAGGCCUGCCGCGCGUGUUGGCGCGUGUACGUGCAGUGAUGGGGGGGGGGGGCAUUCUGACCGUGUUUUUAAAGGUCACCA